CUGCGUGGCCGCAAGCCUCAGGAAGGAGCGCCGGGGCUCCAACCCGCGGCCAUUCCCCGCCUCAGGGAAGGCCCCCGGACAGCCCAACCCGCGUCCCCCCCGAGCCCUUCCUGCAACCGCAGCGAGGACCAAAGCCCCCGGGCCUUCCCAGCUCAGCCCGUCUCCCCUUUCCCCAAACCCGGAAGCUCACCCGCGGUCGCCAUAGCGACAGCGACGGACUUCCGCCUUCCCGCGCCCUCUGACCCGGAAGUGGUGCCGUGCGCCUCUCUCUCCUCUCGCACCGCCGCCAUGAAGCCGAUCCUGCUGCAGGGCCACGAGCGUUCCAUCACGCAGAUCAAAUACAACCGCGAGGGAGACCUGCUGUUCACUGUGGCCAAGGAUCCCAUCGUCAACGUUUGGUAUUCGGUAAACGGAGAAAGGCUGGGCACCUACAAUGGCCACACAGGAGCCGUGUGGUGCGUGGAUGCAGACUGGGACACACGACAUGUGCUCACUGGCUCUGCAGAUAACAGCUGUCGGCUCUGGGACUGUGAAACAGGAAAGCAGCUUGCCCUGGUGAAGACCAGCUCGGCAGUGAGGACGUGUGGCUUUGACUUUGGAGGAAACAUCAUCAUGUUUUCAACGGACAAGCAGAUGGGUUAUCAGUGCUUUGUGAGCUUCUUUGACCUGCGUGACCCCAGCCAGAUCGAGAACAACGAGCCUUACAUGAAAAUCCCCUGCAGUGACUCUAAAAUCACCAGUGCUGUGUGGGGCCCUUUGGGAGAAUUCAUCAUCGCAGGACAUGAGAGUGGGGAGCUAAACCAGUUCAGUGCCAAGUCAGGGGAGCAGCUUUCAAACAUCAAGGAGCACACCAAGCAAAUCAAUGACAUUCAGACCUCCAGGGACAUGACCAUGUUCAUCACUGCCUCCAAGGAUAACACUGCCAAGCUCUUUGACUGCACAACACUGGAACACCUGAAGACAUUCCGGACAGAGCGGCCGGUGAACUCUGCUGCACUCUCCCCCAUUUUUGAUCACGUCGUGCUUGGUGGGGGGCAGGAAGCCAUGGAUGUGACCACGACCUCCACCAGGAUUGGCAAAUUUGAGGCAAGGUUCUUCCACUUGGCUUUUGAAGAAGAGUUUGGCAGAGUGAAGGGUCAUUUUGGUCCGAUAAACAGUGUUGCUUUUCACCCUGAUGGGAAGAGUUACAGCAGUGGUGGUGAAGAUGGCUACGUCCGCAUCCAUUAUUUUGAUCCCCAGUACUUCGAGUUUGAGUUUGAAGCUUAAAGGAGGAUGAAUUCUCUUCUUUCCUCUUCCAACCCAUUGCACAGUCCAUUGGCUCCAGUGCAGAACUGUUGUAAGACCUGAAGUUAAUCUGCUCCACAGGAGGCAGCAGGAAGCAGCACCAAACUCAGGGGUCGUGUGAAGGUGGGAAUCUGGAAACCCACCCAGCUCAAAACGGCACGAGUGGCCUAAAAGGAGUUGAGUUGGCUGCCUGCCUGCCCCUGGGGAUGCUAACUUCCUGACCUGCUGGGUUUAUUUAUAUAUCAGUGGAGGAAAAAAAAAAAGAAAAAAAGCAAGAAAUAAAUUUUGUCUGAACACAA